CCCAUGGCGGCGCCGCCGCCCGCCCUCAGCUGGGCGCUGCCCCUGCUGGCGGCGCUGGCGGGCGCCGGCGGCCCCCAGAGCUUCGAGCUGCCGGGGGCCCCCAUCGACAACAUCGAGGUGAGCGGCGGCGGCGUGCUGGUGGCGGGCGGCAGCUGCCUCUACGAGCUGCGGCCCGAGCUGCGGCCGCGCCGCCGCGUCGUGCCGGCGGCGGCCGGGCAGGGCUGCGGGGAGCCCCCCGGCGUGCGCAGCAACCUGCUGCUGCCCUACGAGGAGGCCCGGGGGGAGGGCGUCCUGCUGGCGGGCUGGACCCAGAAGGACGGCACCUGCGAGGUGUGGGAGCAGCCGGCCUACCGGCAGCGCUUCAACCGCAGCGAGGUGGUCAGCUGCCUGCCCGACGGCUCCACCGCCGGCGUCGUCUUCCAGCUGGCCGGCGCCUGGUACCUGGCCGUGGCGGCCACCUACUCGGCCCACCCCUACAAGAACAACCUGGGCUGCGAGCCCUCCCAGUCGGACGAGGCGACCGUCAUCACGGUGCGCAGCAUGGACAACCUGGAGUCCAAGGAGGAGCUGGGCAUCAUCAAGCGCAAGGACGAGCCUUUGCACUUUGUUGACGCGCUCCGGUGGGAGGAUCACCUCUUCUUUCCCUACUACAGGUUGAAGGCCAGCUUGGGCAAUGACACGGAGCCGCCGAGCAUGGCUGUCCUGCGCCAGCUGCGCCCCUCAGAAGGUGGCCUUACUUUGAAAGGGCACGUGUAUUUGAACUGCGGGUGCAGGAGCCUCAUCGUUUCCUCCAGCCUCAUCCGCCAGGGCGAGCGGGGCUGGUGGGUGGGUGUUUUCCACCACAGACGCAGUGCCAAGGCCUGGAACACCACCGCCGUCUGCAUCUUUGGGAUGGAGGAGAUGAAGGAGCAAGCCUGUGCGUCCACGCACUUCGUCAUGAACGGGAAGAGCUGUGAGGCACAAUCAAUCAAGAAAUUACCUACCUUGAUUCACUCUGGAUUAGUGGCCGUUUAUGGCACAGUUGUUUUGAACCAGAUCGUUCUCUUUUUGGGAACAGAUGAUGGACAGUUACUGAAGGCUAUUCUUAAUGAGGAUAUGGAAUCUAAUUGCCCAGAGGUUUUAUACGAAAUUAAGGAAGAGACCUCAGUUUUCCCCAAACUUCGACUUGACCCAGUAGAUAAUAACUACAUCUAUCUGUCCUCUGCCAAUAAGGUGAGAAGAAUACCAGUUGCAAAUUGCAGUAAAUACGUUUCUGAGCAAGAAUGCUUAUCUGCAAAGGAUCCCUACUGUGGGUGGUGUUCUUUGAAUCAAAGGUGCACAUUCAAAGAAAAUUGUACACGUUCAAACAGCUUAAAGGGUUGGUAUAAUAUUUCACAUGCACCUGAUAAAGAUCUGAAAAUCCUGCUAAGUUUCCCUGCCAAAAAUCAGGUUGCUGUGGCUGCAAGCAUAAGCAAAACCCUUACUUCCUGUAUGAUAAAAAUUGUAAAACCUGUUGAAAUAUUUUAUGAAAAUGUAGUGCUGAAAAACUCAUCCUGUUUCUGCAAUCUAACCACUCCAGUGAUAACUGAUAAUGAUUGUCUAGUUCUCGAAGCAUCGCUGUCCUCAAGCUCUUGGAAUAUCACACAAACAUUUCGUUUGAAAAACUGCUCACGGUGUAUACACAAGGGUGAGUGUGCCAGCUGUAAAUGGAUGCGUGUCUCUCCUGCCACCACCUGCCAGGAUAGUUGUAAUGCAGCUGCUUCCAAGGAGAUCGCCACUGCGCAGAAAGCAGAGCAUAUCAGCAUUCACUCCAUUGAACCUUUGUGGAUUUCUACAUUAGGGAAAAGUGAAAUAACUGUCAAAGGAGAAAACUUUACACGUGCAUCAGGCAUAAAACUGAUACUGACUGGAAUCACUGGCUGUAAACCAGACAUCAUUAAAGUUAGAAAUGUGCUAAAUGAUACACAAAUGACAUUUGCUCUCCCACCAACACGUAAAGAGGCCAAAAGUAUCUGUAUACAGGCUAAUGGGAAAAAGUGUUCACCACCAGUGACCCUGCAUUAUGUUUCACUGCCAUCAUGUUUUCGAAUCACACCAAAUACCUCCUGGAUCAGUGGUGGUCGCAAAAUUACUACGAUUGGUAGAAAUUUUAAUGUGGUGGACAGUGUGAUUAUUUCAGAUGACCAGAGAUCAAACCUUACUGUCUCUAAGUGUCCUGGAAAUGAAUCUGAAUAUCAUUACUUAACACCAAGCCUGAGCCAUGCAACAGAGGGUAAAGUUGUUGAUAUGAUGUUAAAAGUGGAAACUACCUUUAUACCAUGUGUCAAAUUACACUAUCACCCUGACCCAGUGUUCAUUAACUACCAGCUGCACACUGAGCUGGAUCCUGAUCUGGAAUUAAAAAUAUAUAAAGAAAAUGACAACUUGAAUAUUUCUAAAUCUGAGGUAGAGGUUUAUCUGUCAUACAUGAAUGGUGCACAAACCAAAAAGAUAUGGUUCAAUGUCCAAAAUAUUACCAAAAAGCCAGACCGUAGCACCAUACUGUGCAAAUUCAAAAGGGAAGGAACAGACAAGAUUGACUUUUCCACAGUGAAAGUUUUUGUCAAAUUAGGAAAUUUUGAACAUGAAGUCAAACCAACAUCAUCACACAUCUAUUUAUAUGUUCUUAUUUUGCUACCUAUUGUAGUGGGUGUCAUUAUAGCGGCAUUCAUAGUUACUAGAUACAAAUCCAAAGAAUUGACUCGUAAACAGAGUCAGCAACUUGAACUGUUGGAAUAUGAGAUUCGGAAGGAAAUACGCGAGGGAUUUGCUGAACUGCAGAUGGAUGAAUUAGACGUGGUGGAUAGUUUUGGAACCGUUCCCUUCCUUGACUACAAACACUUUGCUCUUAGAACUUUCUUUCCAGAGUCAGGAGGCUUUGCAUCCAUCUUCAGUGAAGACAUGCCACAGAGCAGAGACCAAACAAGCAAGGAUGAAAGCUUCAACAUGUUGCAUGCUUUAAUUUGUAACAAGAACUUUCUUGUUACUCUCAUUCACACCCUUGAAAAGCAGAAAAAUUUCUCUGUGAAAGACAGGUGCUUAUUUGCAUCCUUCUUGACUAUUGCACUACAAACUAAGCUAGUUUAUCUAACCCAUAUUUUGGAAGUGUUGACAAAGGACCUGAUGGAGCAAUCGAGCAACGUACAGCCUAAGCUCCUGCUCAGACGAACUGAAUCCGUGGUAGAAAAAUUGCUGACAAACUGGAUGUCUGUCUGCCUUUCUGGAUUUCUCCGAGAGACAAUCGGCGAACCUUUCUAUUUGCUAGUGACAACCCUCAAUCAGAGGAUAAACAAAGGACCUGUUGACGCGAUAACUUGCAAAGCCCUGUACACACUUAACGAAGACUGGCUGCUGUGGCAAGUGUCCGAAUUCAAAACAGUGACAGUGAACAUUAUCUUUGAAAAAAUCCCAGAAAAUGAGAGUGGAGAUGCCUGUCAAACUAUCCAAGUUAAUGUUCUGGACUGUGACACCAUAGGCCAAGCCAAGGAGAAGAGCCUCCAAGCUUUCCUGAAUAAGAAUGGCUUUCUCUAUGGUCUUCAGCUGGAUGAAAUUGGUCUUGAACUUGUGUCUGAGGAGCAGCGAAGAGAAUUGUUAGAUAUCGAUGGUUCCUCAGAGGUGAUGGAGGAUGGGAUAAGGAAGCUAAAUACCAUCGGUCAUUACGAGAUUUCAAAUGGAGCAACCAUAAAAGUCUUUAAAAAGAAGACAAAUACCCGAUCAGAUGUGGACUACUCGGAUGAACACUGUCAUUUGAUUUUACCAGACUCUGAAGCAAACAAAGAUGUGAAAGGAGCAGGUCACAAAGGAAAGCAAAAAUUCAAAGUGAAAGAAAUGUAUCUAACAAAGCUUCUGUCAACCAAGGUUGCAAUUCAUUCAGUUGUUGAAAAGCUCUUCAGGAGCAUUUGGAGUUUACCCAACAAUAAAGCACCUGUUGCCAUCAAGUACUUUUUUGACUUUCUGGAUGCCCAGGCUGAGAGCAAAAAAAUUACUGACCCUGAUGUGGUCCAUAUAUGGAAAACCAACAGUCUUCCUCUUCGCUUCUGGGUGAACAUACUGAAGAAUCCCCAAUUUGUCUUUGAUAUUAAGAAGACUUCACAUAUAGAUGGCUGUUUGUCUGUGAUCGCACAAGCUUUCAUGGAUGCCUUUUCUCUAGCAGAACAGACACUGGGGAAGGAAGCACCAACAAAUAAACUUCUCUACGCUAAGGACAUUCCACUCUACAAGAAGGAGGUGAAAGCCUACUAUAAAGCCAUCAGGGAUCUGCCUCCACUGACCCCCUCAGAGGUUGAGGAAUUUCUAACUCAGGAAUCUAAGAAACAUGAAAAUGAAUUUAAUGAGAAAGUGGCCUUGAUUGAAAUCUGCAGAUACAUAGUGAAAUACUACGAUGAGAUUGUCAGCAAACUCGAGCGUGAACGGGGGUUUGAAGAAGUCCAGAAACAGCUCCAGCAAGUAAAAGCCCUAUUUGAUGAAAAGAAAAAAUGCAAAUGGCUUUGAGCAGAGCACUGACUCACAGCAUCACUGUGGGGGAUUUUAAAUAAGCGCUGCUGCUCCCAGAACUGUUUUGACUGACUGUACGUACAGGGUUUGAAACAUUUGGACACUCUUCUCCACUCUGACCAUUCCAAGUAAUAUGUACAUUUUGGACUGAAGUAUGGGCAGGGGUAGAUAUUCAGACAUGGGCAUGUGAAAGCAAAAGUGAGUCUAGUGUUGGCAGGGCCAACAUUUUUAGGUACAUGUACCUUUUGGUUCAAAAAUACUGCCUAAGUAAGCUUUCAGCUUACUUAAAAACAAGCUUGCAGGAGAUGCACAAAACACACUGCAAGUUCAGAGCUGCUCCUGUGAACUUGUAAGUUGCUUAGCUCUUUUUUUUUAAGAGACAAAGCUGAUGUUUCGCCACAUCCUUUCAGCAGCCUUGGCAAACUGUGAGGAUGAGCUCCGGCUUCAGAAUACGGGUCAGCUGCAGUUUCCUUCCUUCCAGACAAAUGUACACUGGUUCCUGUUCAGAAGAAGAAUGAAAAAAAACAAAAACAAAAAACAAACAGCACCAAAGUGACACUUAGGACAAGUUUGUUUGUUUAGCAGAAAAAGUGGGUUUGAGGUUUGAAAGGCCAAAUGCCACAUGGUCAGGACUUAGCUUCCUUAGGUCAGAAAUUCCAUGUGCAAAGUGAAGCCAACCACUGAGCGGGGGGGGGGAGGCUGUUGGAGAACGGCGCUAGACCGACAUCAGUCCGUGUUUACAUUUCCACCUUUCCAUCCUUAAAUAAGCUGUGAAACGCUUGUGAGCAGCUUCACAGGUGAAGCCUCCGUGCAGCUGCACCGUAGGGGAACGCGGCUGCAAUUGGCUGAAGCAGCUGACGCUGGCUGCGCUUUGGUGCCCAAACCUGCACUCAGGUGUGUGACCGGCCCACGCCUCAGCGCUGACGGCCCUGGCCGGUCCUGCCAUCCGGCUACAAGGGCCUCACGAAUCUAAAGCCAGCAUUUUUUUUUUUUUUUUUCCAGGUUGUCCACACAAAGGCUUUGUCAAAAGAGGGGCUAGUUUAAUACUGUGUAGGAAGAGGAGGGAGGGCUGGUGUAAUCGCUGCCUGUGUACGAUAGCUAGGGUUGGGGGUGGGGAGGGGUAACCGUCCUGCCGGGGUGUUCUUUGAGGCUUGGCUCUUUUGAAAGGAGGGCAUCCAUUACAUUUGCAUUGGUGGCUACUGUUAGCCCAGCUGGAAAGCAGGUGCGCGGCCACGCCGCUGAGACCAGGCCGGUGCGGGGGCAGCUGCGGCUCCGGCUGUGCUACCGCGCCGGCGCAGUCCUGCCCUCCGCUGCAGAGCCAAAAGGUUUUGCAGCCGUGGGCUCCGCUCCGACCCCACACUCCGCUCCACUCGCCCGGGCUGCUGCCGGCCCUUAGAGCUGCGGUAAGGGCGCGGAUGAGCCGCGGAUACAGUGCCACGCGUUUCGGGAGGGACCCGCGGCUGGAGGCGAGCGGCUGAGGGCAGCGAGUGCCAGGGGCCCUGACCCGCACAGGUGGCGCAGGGUGGGUGCAGGGAGCCUGUGCUGGGGCUGCGACACACACCGGCGCGGGGCUCCCCGCCGGCGGGGCGCUCAAGCCGAGCGCUGCCGCUGCUUUGGGGGAGCCCGGAGGCUGCAGGACGGCGGCCCCCAAGCCGCCCGGUUUGGCUGCAGAGGCUGCCAGAAGCUGGGGCUGGGCACAAGCCCGUGGCCCGUGGCCCGUGGCCCGUGGCCCGUGGCCGGCCAGCACGGGCGCACGCUGGCCAUGUGUUGGCAGAAGGAAGGCCGCCCAUUAACGGGGAAGCAAAGCAAACACGAAAGCAGUUGCCCGCUGGCCUGGCCCCUCCCUACUGUGUGAUUGCACAAGUUGUACCUCCUGCGGAUCAGCGAGGGCAGCCGCCAACCCAUACUGUGAUGGCUUUUUUUGUUUGGUUUUUUUUUUUUUUUUUUUUUUUUUUUUAAUUCAAGUCUUACACUUGCUAUUAAGUUUACACUUUAUACUCGAUGGAAUGUAUGGCUUUGUUCAGGAAACUGCACUACAGUGUUGCAGUACUUUCAGCAGUUCUCUUCUCUGCCUGGCACAAUGUAUUUUGAUAAGUUUAAUUUUAAUUGGAAAAAAACACCCCGACCCUAGCCUAUCUUGCCCUCUGUCCUGAAGGAGUGGACUGUGGCUUGAGUAGCACUUAAGCUUAGAAUACCUGUACUUAAGGGCUUGAUUUUUAUCGUUCUUAACCUAACAUUUUAAAGCAGCAUCAAAUAAAUAAAAAAAUAAAAGCACAGUAAUUAAUAUCAAAGGAGGGACAUGAGCAGAAUGCUCUUUCCAGUUAGGCAUCUCGGUGGUUCCAUUCCACUUCGGGUGUUUGCUGGCAGUGCAUUUGAAUGAACUGUGAUAGUUUUGUUCAACAGUAACCUUCUGUACAGGCAGAAAAAAGAAACAAAAAAACCAAACCAACUCCAUUUCUGCUUGAAAAGCUGUAAAAUAUAAUCUGUUUGCGUGGGUCUGAUCCUGUGAACUUCACUGUAUGUGUUUAUAUGAUGAGGAAACAAAAAAAAAAAAAAAUCAGUCCUAUUCUGUAUUUGUACUACUGCUUGUUUGCUACAAUAGCUUUAAUGAUUUCUAGAGAUUAAGUAUGUGUCGAAGCAGGCCCGGUAGCUUUAGCCUACAGCCUGGAAUAGGAUUCUUGCCUUUUAUUCAAGCCUCCGAAACAGCGUCACUCUGUUAGUAAACCAUUUAAAGUCAUGCUGGGACUUUGUAACCCAUCAAGUGGAUCUCACGAAGUGAUGUGAAGUAUAAUUAAGUGAUUGUGGCUCUUUUGGUAGGUUUGGGUCAGCACACAAAACAUUGGCACACCUUCCACAUCUGCAAUUCGCCGCUCCUGUUACACGGACAAAAAGAACCACCUCUGACCAAAGCUGUAUUACGGCAACCCAACAAUCCUAACAGCAUUCUCUGAAGCGAAAGCAAACUUCUCUUUAACUUAUUUUCACAUGUUUACAGGUGAACUGCUAUGGCAAACAGCAUCUUUUCUAACACUAGCUUACAGAGCAUUAUUUUGCAGUCAUCUAGUUGAAAGUCAAUUCUUACUAAUGUGUAAAGUAAUUCCUGUUGUACAGAAGUUGACCUGUUGUUUAAAAUGAAUGGUUAAAAAAAAGUGCAAAUGACAAAUACAUGUUGGUGUUUGUAUGGAUUUAUCUAGAAUAAAACGCAUUUGGAGGUUC